GAGUGUGUUUCCGUUGUAGUUGUCCCUUUUUCAUAAUUUUGGGGAAAUAAUACUAUUGGCUAUUGAAAUAACAGGCAAAAAUAUCAUUGCUCUUAUUGGGUGUGUGAAAUAAUAACAAAUAUUAGUGUUUGCAUAUUCAAACAAAACAACUUUUAUUUCAAUUUCAAAAACCUUUUUAUCUUUACGGACUUCGUAUUUAUUCAAAUUACCUAAAACAAUUCAAGUGAACGUGCUAACGUACCAUUAUAUUAAAAAGUUUAAUUAACGGUGAUUCUGAUAAGCUUAUAAUUAAAGUGGUCGUAAAUUGUUUAAAGUUGUUAUUAACUGACGUAAUCAGGCCGUGACUUCAUCAGUACAUGCCGUCGGCUUUUAACGAAAGUGGUUUCCUUGUGGGCUCAGAAUCAGAGCGGCGAUUAAGGGGAAACUUUCAAAAGUGAUUCGCAAUUUCCUAUGCGAGUGAGCGGGGAAGUGGAUGAGUUAGCAAGUUCGGGUGUAGAGGGACAGGCGAGCGUGUUUUCAGUGAGCGAUCGGGAUAAAGUUUUUGCCGAUGUAAUUUAAUAAAUAAGCAUGAACGACCCGUGGGACGUGAAGUCCCGUCAAGCCGGGCAAUAUGUGUCCUGUAUGAAGAUAAAUGGAGUGCCACUGUUACCACCUCUUCUCUCCAAAGAAUGUCGGAAAGAAAUGCAAUAUUACAAACUUCUUGCCAAAGAAGUUGAGAAACGGAUACUGGAACUAAAAGCUUAUGUCAGCGACAGUGAUGAAAACUCUGCUCAGGACAACACCGACGCCCCUGAGCUGCCGCAGGAGUACGAACAACCGCAUGAGCCUGUUCAAGAAAUCAUACAAGUCUUGGACAGUAACAUUACAACAUUCAGAGAAGACAAGCUCGGAGAAAGUUUAUCCACUUCUACGAAAACCACAAACAGUAAUUCUCCGGACUUGUGCAAUAGUACAUCUUCCAGUAAUUCAUCACACAGUCUGCUAAAGUUCUCAGAAAAUAGCCUCCAAAAUGAAAUUAGUAAAUGCAAGGCUAAGAGCAAUAGUUCACAACAUGCACCACAACCUAUUGAGCCUCCCGAACGAGAUUGUAACACUACUCCCAAGAAAAUUACUAAAGCAGAGAAAUUAACUGAUGAUGAUGAUGAACUUUCGUUUGAUAGCAAGAAACCAGAAAGAGAAAUAGUAGACUUGUUAAAGGUUGAAUUUGACAUUAGUAAUGUAGAACCACUUAUAUCUGGUGCUUUUCCAGAUAUGACAAUGACAGAUGGCCCUGCAUCUCUUAGUUCUAAAAGUUUUACAGGCUCUUUAAAUAAUAUUCACAGCGAGAGUGUCAAAGAUGCAGCUACUUUAGUUCGUCAAAGUUCCUACACAGUGCUUAAUCCGAGUCCGAUGCUUUUAGCUCAUUUAAAAGUGCAAUCUCUGAGCACUGGAGUAGAUGUGACCUCUAUUUCCAUGAGCGAGUCACUAUCAAACCUGACUUCACCAAAAAAACGAAGAAGUUGGGACUUAGUGUCAGCUAAAAUGAAAUGGUCAUCCAUGGCUCACGAGCUAAAGCAGAAAACAGCACAAACUAAACCAGUUGAAAAUAAGAACCUCUCUAAAUCCACAGUUAAAAAACAGCAGACUCCAAUCAGAUCUAAAUCUGUAUCUGAACAGCCAAGGCGAGCCAACUUGCCUGGAAAAGCUCCGAAUUCAGAACCUGUUCAGAACCAGAAGCCUAAAAAGUGCACUCCAAGUCCAUAUGCAAACACGAAUGCUACAAAUGUAAAAGAACCAAAAGCAAAUAACAAUAUCCAACCAUCACCAAAGAAACUAAUUUCAGAAUGUGAGGAUCCAGCAACUAAAGUAAAAGAAUUAUACGAAAGAAUACAAAAUCAGCAACUUCUACAGAUGGCAACCUUAGUUGAAAAGCAGAAACGCGAGCAAAUGUUACUACAGCAAGUUUUCGACGAGCAAAACAGCAUACUUUACAGACAACUGAAAACUAUAUGUCCUAAAUCGCCCGUCGAAGCGAAAGCCGCGUGGGCCGACAAAGUGGACCGAGGACCCGUCAGUUUGAGUCAAUUAAUAAACCACAAGUCACCAGACUCCUUAACAAGCACUCUAACCGACACCCACAACAAUUUAAACAAGUGUGCCGAGGUUUUGAGAAAGAGUAAAGAUAUCACUGGUAGCAUAAAGAAACAGAACCAACCUGGAAGUUCAACAGAUGGAAGUAGAACGCGCACUCACUCACCAAAAAGGACGAGAACUUCUAGAAAACUUAGCUACGAUACUUCGUCUUCGGACAGAGAGUUUGAACCGAUACUGACCGAUCGAACGAACGACACGUUGGCAGGGCUGAACGUGACAUUUACUUCUGAUAGUGAUGAACCGACUUUUAUGGAAAAGCAGCCGUCUACGCACAGCGCGGUACGGAGCGUGGAACGUGUGAAGGUGCCAGCACGUAGACCCGUUCAAGCCAGGUUGCCGCCAACGCCUGAACAGCUGGCCGCGGCCUCGACCAUAGUGGCACACGCGAAGGGCUACCUCGUGCGCCGGUUGCUCCGCACUGAGAGGGUUCAAGCCACCGUCCAGACCAUCAAAGAUGCGCUGCUCUGUGCGUUGCAGAUGCAUCAGGACAGGGCGGGAAUCAGGGGAGCUGAUGUAGACUUGCACCGACGGCUUAUUCAGCAGAUCACGGCUGCUUGUUAUUCACUCCACGACACAUUCGUGGCAAGUACGCCAGCGGAGCGCUGCGCCCUCAUCGCGGCGGACCGGGAGCGCCGCCGGCAGAAACCGGCCCGGCCCUACAAAACGGACGUAAUGUCGCAAAGCCACAGCGGCGUGUUCCCUGCGCGCGCGCCGCGCUUCAGCUCGCACUCGAUGAUGACGCAGUCGCACUACGGUAACACACAUUAAAUGCUGCCAGGUGAGCGGAGAGACGUUUAGCGGCACCAAGCUGAACUCGCGCUACAUGCCGUCCCCGCGGCGCCGCCCGUGGCGCUGACACCGCCCUCGAUACCUGCCGCGAUGCUUCUCGCAAUUCUGCUUCCCUGGUACCUAAUAAGGUCUACUCGGC